AUGUCAGACUAUGAUCUAACUCACGUCCUCGACACGCACCACAAAUACUACUCUUCCUCCCAAGGCUCGAGUGGUGCCGAGUCCUCUUCAUCCUCGACCUUCUCCUCGUCAUCAACCCGACCGCACACCUCUCAGGUAUCUUCCACCACCACUCUUGCCGCAACCAUCCAGCACAUCUCGCGUCCAUCAACACAACCCAUUCCCAUCCCUCAACAAUAUCAAUCCUACGACCAGAGCCUCGAGGCCGAACAAAGACGGGAAGCCGAGAUGUUCCGUGAAGUCGAGUGGAGGUCGCCCAAGCUGGAGCAGAACGAGAGAGAUAUGUCUUUGAAGCGUGCUUCCUCGGCAGACCUCAGCCAAGGCACAAACACAAAGACCAAGCAACAGAAGGAGAACGGCAUCUUUAGAAAGACGUCGCAAAAGUACAGAGGCUUCCGUGCACACCUGCAUGGAAGGACCCGACGCAACUCUGGCGAUCUCAUGGAGGGAGUCGAAGGUUCUGCUUCUGCAUCCAUCCCCGAGCACUCGGCAUCUUCUGGUCCUUACCACAAAGGCAUUCAGCGUUGCCUUAACCCUACCAAUCGUUUACUCCAGUCAUUGAAGGCUCCUAGGCAUGACACACCGCAACCUGCCAACGCUCCCUCGCCAACCCUUCAAUCCUCCUCGACCAUGCCCGCUCUUCACUACAACCCCGAUCAACACUUCAUGCAUCGCUAUGUCUCUGAGGUGCAUGCCGGCGAAGCUGCUCGCCGUGCUGCCUCGGCCACUAACGCUGCUAGCUAUGCUUCCAACUCUCGCACAUUCGUUCCUCACUAUCAAGCACAAAGAGAUCUUCAUCGUAGCCGCAUCGGCAGCAUUCCUGGAGCUAGUGACAGCGGUGCUGAUCUGGCGUCCAACGCUGACCUGGACGUUGAGAUGGCUGAUAUUGCAGAAAUCGUGGCCCCCACCAACAAAUGCUCCGAUCCCGUCGAAGCCCUCCCCACCGAGAUUGUCACUCUGAUUCUCUCCCACCUCGACCCCGAAAGUCUCAAGGCCGCCCAACGAGUUGCUAAGAGCUGGUCUCGCAUCGCCAAAGAUCCCCUUAUCUGGCGUGCCCAAUACCUGCAACAGUACGAGAAGCAGACUUAUGUGUCUCCGGCACCUAUCCAGAUUGGCGGUAUCGGCACAGGUCUCCCCAACCAGCCUAUGCAGCAUUGGGAGUUGAUGCACGACGCCAGAAGACGCAUCGAUAAGAACUGGACUCGCGGCGACCAAGGCGGCAAGGGUAUCUACUUGGCUGGCCACACCGAUUCUGUCUACUGUGUGCAGUUCGACGAGCAGAAAAUCAUCACUGGGUCCCGCGACCGUACCAUUCGUGUUUGGGAUAUCAACACCUACAAGUGUCUCAAGGUCAUCGGCGGUCCUAGCGUCCGUCCCUCUCCCGGUCCCAAGGUCCUGCGUACUGUGGAAUACCCCAAGUUCCACCAUGCCGAGUCAUCUGUUAAUGGCACUGCCUACGGCAACAGUAUCUACCAUGUUCCCUCCGACUUCCACAGCGCCAGUAUUCUUUGCUUGCAGUACGACCACGAGAUUCUCGUUACUGGUUCUAGUGACAACGAUCUUCUGGUUUGGAACGUCAACACUUACGAGCCCAUUCGUCGUCUGAAGCAGCACACUGGCGGUGUCUUGGACGUUGCAUUCGACGAGAAGCACAUCGUUUCUUGCUCCAAGGACUGCACCAUCAUUGUCUGGGAUCGUAAGACUCUCGAGCCCAUUCGUACCCUCACUGGUCACCGUGGCCCUGUCAACGCCGUGCAACUCCGCGGUAACCUUCUUGUUUCUGCUUCGGGCGACGGUGUCGCUCGUCUGUGGGACUUGAACAAGAUGCAAUGCGUGCGUGAGUUCCCUCAAAAGGAGCGUGGUCUCGCUGCCGUCGAGUUCAGUGAUGAUGCAAAGUUCGUCCUUGCUGGCGGCAACGACCACGUCACUUACAAGUUUGACGUUGCUUCGGGAGAAGAGGUCAAGCAGUUCACUGGUCACACUCAGCUGGUGCGUUCGCUUUUCCUCGACACUCAGAACCGUCGCGUCGUCAGCGGUUCUUACGACUUGGACCUGCGCGUGUAUGACUACGACACUGGUGCUCUCCUUGGCCGCUUCAACGAGUGGACCACUUCUUGGAUGCUGGCGGCCAAGUGUGAUUACCGCCGCAUCGUCUCGACAAGUCAAGAUGGUCGCAUCCUCAUGAUUGACUUUGGUCGUGACGCUGCUGGCCAAGUCAUGCCUGGUGUCGAGCUUCUGAAGGGUGUUUCACCGCUCUCGCUAUGA